UGGUCAUUUGACAUUUGAAACACCAUUGGCAAGCUCAAGAAAUAUAAGCACCAUUUUAAUGAGUUCUGAUAGGUUCUUAACACAAAGUCUUGGGUUAUAUAACAAGUCAUCUUCUUUACCCAAAGGGAGAGAGAAAAGAUUUUGGAGGAACAAUGGCAACAACAAGACAGAUCUUGCAACAGCCACAAUCGCCAUUUAUUCAACGCAUCAAGAGCUCGGGGACCAUAAGCAUCAAUGGAAGCCCUAUGAAUGAUGACAAAGAAGAGGAUUUUUCACGCUCUUCUUUGGCUUUGUUUAAGGCAAAAGAAGAUGAAAUUGAGAGGAGGAAGAUGGAGGUUAGGGAUAGAGUCCAGACAAAGCUUGGACUCGCUGAGGAAGCUACUAGGAGACUAGCCGAGAUUCGGGAAGAGCUGGAAUCUCUAACCGAUCCAAUGCGGAAGGAGAUUUCCGCGAUAAGGAAAAGAGUUGAUGCUAUUAACCGGGAACUCAAGCCUUUAGGACAGAGCUGUCAGAAAAAGGAGAAGGAAUUCAAAGAAGCACUUGAAGCUUACAAUGAAAAGAACAAAGAGAAAGCUAUGUUUGUUAGCAAAUUAGUUGAGCUUGUUACAGAAAGCGAGAAACUGCGAAUGACAAAGCUUGAGAAACUCAGCAAAAUCAUUGACAUUUCGUUACACUAACACCAACGAUGGUGAUAAUCAAAAGUUGCAAAAUCAGCCAGCUUUGCUUCUUUAUUCUGCACUUUUCUAAUAGUUUUGCUUGUCUUUGUGAUCAAGUCUUAUUUCCUGAUUUAGCAGAGAAGUAUAUUCAAAUAUUGUAAGUCUGCAGCGUCAGUAAUAUAUUAUACUAGUGAUAACUUCACAAA